AUGUCAAUGCAAAAUGAGAGUGAAAAGAGGUCGGUCAUUAUUAUCAGAUCAGGGACAUUGGGAGUAAGGACCAUUGAACUAACAUUUCAAGUCUCCAAACACAACACCCAAGAUAGUUGCUGGGUUAUACUCUAUGGAAAACUGUACGAUGUUACAGGCAUUCUUGAUACUCAUCCUGGCGGAGCACAGGCUAUCCUACGUUGGGGAGGACGAGAUACAACAGAGGAAUUCGACAUGAUCCAUCCUCCGGAGACUCUGAAAGUGAUUGAGCAGUCAUCUGUGGGCACGGUCGAGUCACAAGAGCCGCCGGUUAUGGAUUCUACGCCCGAAGAGAGCAUCCAAGCUCCACUGAGCACGUUGUUGAACCUAGACGAGAUCCAAGCUGCAGCCACAAAGAUCAUUAGCAAAAAAGCAUGGGGAUACUACUUUUCCGCUGCAGACGACAAGAUAUCAAAGUAUCUCAACACGCAAGCCUACCGCUCAAUUGUGUUUCGACCACGGGUAUUUGUGGACUGUCGCACUUGCACACUGGAAACCAACCUCCUGGGUCACAAAGUCGGGUUACCGAUCUUCGUCAGUCCAACCGCAAUGGCGCGCCUAGGACACCCUGCAGGAGAAAGAGGAAUUGCAGAAGGAUGUCGGCUUUUCGGGGGGCUUCAAAUCAUCGCAAACAACUCCUCCCUAUCUCCGGAAGAAAUCGUCGGAAAUGCGCCCCCAACACAGAUAUUCGGAUGGCAGCUUUAUGUCCAGCUGAACAGGCGAUUGAGCGAGAGUAUUCUCGCGCGAGCUAACCAAUUAGAUCAAAUCAAGUUCAUCGUGUUAACACUUGACGCACCGGUAUCGGGUAAACGAGAAGACGAUGAGCGUAUCAACAUCCAAGCCAACACAGCGGCAAGUGUCAGUACCCAACUCUUUGCUGGGACAGAUCCAUCGCUCACUUGGGCGGAUACCCUUGAGUGGUUAUCGCACCAUACUACCAAGCCGAUUGUCCUUAAGGGGAUCCAGACACACGAAGACGCAAUCCUGGCCGCUCAGUAUGCACCUUUAGUGAAGGGGAUUGUGUUAUCCAACCACGGUGGCAGAUCUCUUGAUACAGCGCCCCCUGCUGUGCAUACGCUUCUUGAACUUCGAAAAUACUGCCCUGAUGUGUUUAAUAAGGUUGAAGUGUGGGUGGAUGGUGGGAUUCGUCGCGGUACAGAUGCUGUCAAGGCGCUAUGUCUUGGGGCCAAGGCUGUCGGGAUAGGAAGGCCAGCUCUUUGGGGUCUCGCUGCUGGCGGGGUCGAGGGGGUUGAGCGAACAUUGCAGAGUUUGUUAUGCUGCUCCAAAAUAUGA